AUGCCCCGUGGCCUACGCACGUGUACAUUCGUAUUGUCGCGUGGUCUGGACUCGAUAGGAUCUCCUGAAAGCAGGCAGGCGGUCGGUUCGCUCUUGCGCAACACGGCCUGCCGCGUGGCGUCUUUGCGUGGCACCCCGGGCCUUUCCCCGGGUGAACGUUCUGCGCACUGCAGCAGCUUGCUAGGGCAAUCACGGUCGCUGCAUUCCCUGGGCGAAGGCGGUGGCCUUGGCAGCAGGCGCUUCUUCUUUGUGUCGCGCGCGGCGCCGCCCCCGCGCUGGCUAGCGGACAGCGACAGGCACAGCGGCGCGCUUCCUUGUGUAGAGGAGAGCGAUAUGGGGAAACGGGGCAAGAAAUCCCGCGAGCCGCGCGACGCUUCGGGCCGGCUGCACACCAGCGCGCACCUCCAGGUGCUCGGGCUGGGCACCGACGUCGGCGCCGGGGCGGCUCCGAGCGUCUUGCUCUUCUUCGAUAGAGCCCGCUUCAUCUUCAACGCCGGGGAAGGGUUCCAGCGGUUCUGCGCGGAGCACCGCAUCAAGAUCACCCGCGUUGCUGGCGUCCUCGCGACGCGCAGCACCGCCGACGCCAUCGGCGGUCUCCCGGGCCUGGUCCUGAUGGGCAGCGACGUGAUAAGGCAGGGCGGCGACAUCACGGCCGGGCCGGUCUCCCAGGACGGCAGGAGCAAGCUCAGCGUCCUGGGACCGCGGCGACUGGUGGCGCACCUCGAGGCCGUGCGCGGGAUGCUGCAGAGCCGUUCGCUGCAGGUCGAGGCGUCGGAUAUCGAGCCGGAGGUGGGCAGGGGCGAGUGCGAAGCGCCCGCGGGAACGCUGGCGGAGAACCUCAUCGAGAAUGAGUUCAUGACGGUAGACGCAGUGCUGGUGCAUCCACGGGCGGCCGGGGACGCGGAAGCCAAACGGGGCGCGCCCGAUGACGCAGCGGAGCGUCCCGCAAAGCGCCCCCGCACGGAUUUCCCGAGAGAAGGCCGGGCGUCAUUCCAGGAUCUGGAGGAGAUGCACGGGAACUACAACCCUACGCCAGCGGUGUGCUACGUUUGCAAGCUGCGGCCUGCGCCCGGGAAGUUCCUCACACAGCGCGCCGUCGAGCUUGGCGUGCCCGCGGGCCCCGAGCGCGCGUUGCUUGUCAAGGGGGAGUCGAUCACGCUGGCGGACGGCCGCGUGAUUGCGCCAGCAGACUGCAUGACGCCUGACGUCCAGGGCCCGGUCGCCAUGAUCGUCGACUGCCCUUCCGUCGACCACGUCGACUCUCUCGUCUCCGCGCCAGCCUGGGAGCCGUACAUCCAGCAGCAGGAGGGCGGAACGGCUGCCGAGCAGACGACGACCACUUCCAACGGCGGCCCCGUCGUCGAUCGCGUGGCCAGCGUGGUGCACAUCGCGCCCCCGCACGUCGUCGCGGACGCACGCUACGCUGCGUGGGCCGCGCGGCUCGCCCCGAAGGCCAAGCACAUCUACGCCAACGCCUCCGCCACGCGCGGCGCGCCCGUCCACGCGGUCAGCGCGAGGAUCAGCGCGCAGCUGUGCGAGCUCAGACCCCAGGUAUUCCACAAGCAGCGGCACUACGAGGGCGCUCCCCCAGCGACCGGCAGCGGCGACCGCCCGGGCCACUUUCCUGGCUUCAACCUGCGCCGCGUGCACUUGAAGCCCGCCGAGAGGGUCGGCGAGAUCGACGACGCCGACGUGGCCGACGACGACAAAAACAUCGUGCAGCCGUGCUCGCCGGACCGCGUGCCGCCGGAGGACGUCCCCCGCGACGACCAAGUCCCCCAGGGUCUCGAGCCACUCCCCCCCGCCCUGGCGCGCCUCGGGCGCCAGGAGCUCGAGGUGACGCUGCUGGGGACGGGCGCCGCGCUGCCGAGCGCGCACCGCAACGUGACGUCGAUCCUCGUGGACCGCUUCGAGCGCGGGUGUCUGCUGCUGGACUGCGGGGAGGACACCACCGGGCAGCUGAUGCGGCGGUUCGGGGCGCGGCGCACCUAUGAGCUCCUGCGGAACCUCAAGUGCAUCUGGAUCUCCCACAUCCACGCCGACCACCACCUCGGCAUCGCAGGGCUGCUGCAGGCGCGUGCUCGGGCCCUGGGCCCAGAGGCGGAGUCGGCACCGCUGCUGCCGGUCGUCGCCCCGCCCGCCCUGCGCGGCUUCAUGCGCGGGUACGCACGGGCGGGCCCCUGCGGCAUCAUGUUCGUCCCGCAGAAGUCCCUCGAAGUCCGCCCGCAACCCGACGCCGACGUCGAGGCCAUGUCGGGCCAAGAGGGUUGGGACGCCACCGGGGGGGUCGCCCUGGACGGCGGGCAGGGGAGGUUCUCCUCCGGGGGCGUGGUGCACUCGCGCGAGGUGUGCGUUCCGGACGUGAUCCGCGAGGUGAUGGCGCAGCUGGAGCUGCGGCGGCUGGACAGCGUCCGGGUGCUGCACUGCGCACAUGCUUUCGCGGCGGUCAUCGAGGGGAACGCGGGGUGGAAGUUCGUGUUCUCCGGAGACACAGGGUACCCGUGUGACCAGCUGGCGGCGGCCGCGCGGGGCGCGACGCUUUUGGUGCACGAGGCGACUUUCGAGGACGAGCUGGUCGACGAGGCGCGCUUCAAGCGGCACUCGACGUUCGGGGAUGCGCUGGGGUGCGCGGCGGCGGCCAACGCGUACCGCGUCCUGCUCACGCACUUCUCGCAGCGGUACCCGAAGAUGCCGCAGGUGCACGGCCAGCUCGAGGGCCGCGUGUGCGCGGCGUACGACCUCAUGUCAGUCAACCUGCAGGACCUUCCCGCGCUGCCGUCGUUGCUGCCCGGCCUGCUCGAGGUCAUAGGAACGGCUUCGAACGACGAUGAGGACCGCAUACCCACGGCGAUGAUGUCCCUGGGCGAGUGA